CCUAAAACCCUCGAAACUUUAGAAGCCUAGAAGGGGCUUCUUCACAGUUCACUUCUCACUUAUCUUCAACAGUUUUAUCCUUUCUCUCCUCCCCUCUCCUCUCCAAUGGCGCCUGUUCUUAGCAGAACUAUGGCAUGCGCGUCUUUGGCUUCACUUCCCUCAUCUUCUUCAUUCGCCCUCAAAAAUACCCACAACAAAGUAUUGAAUUUAAGCAGUAGUUUCUGCCCACGUAAUAAAUUGCCUAGAACUUGUCCCAAAUUUAGCAUUUCUAAGAAAUUUCAGAGAAAAUCCGAUAAAUUAUCUGUUCGUUGUGAUGCUGCUGUUUCUGAACAAGAGGCUCCUCAGGAUGCCUCUGGUGAGAAGUUUGAGUAUCAAGCCGAGGUGAGUAGGUUGAUGGAUUUAAUCGUACACAGCCUGUACAGCCACAAGGAAGUGUUCCUCCGAGAACUUGUUAGUAAUGCGAGUGAUGCAUUGGACAAGCUCAGAUUUUCAAGUGUUACCGACCCCUCCCUACUCGGGGAAGCUGGAAAUCUUGAAAUACGCAUCAAACCUGAUCCGGAAAAUGGGACCAUCACAAUUAGGGAUACUGGUAUUGGAAUGACAAAAGAGGAGCUUGUUGAUUGUUUGGGAACUAUUGCACAGAGUGGCACCUCAAAGUUCCUAAAAGCAUUGAAGGAAAACCAAGAUGGUGCUGACAAUAGUUUAAUUGGACAAUUUGGUGUUGGAUUUUACUCAGCGUUUCUGGUUGCAGAUAGGGUUGUCGUGUCUACGAAAAGCCCAAGGUCUGACAAGCAGUAUGUCUGGGAAGCAGUAGCUGAUAGUAGCUCAUAUGUGAUCAGGGAAGAAACUGACCCCGAGAAGAUCCUGAAGCGUGGAACGGAAAUCACGUUGUACCUAAGGCCUGAUGACAAGUAUGAAUUCUCAGACCCCGCUAGAAUUCAGAGUUUGGUGAAAAACUAUUCACAAUUUGUUUCUUUUCCCAUCUACACAUGGCAAGAAAAAUCAAGAACUGUUGAGGUGGAGGAGGAAGAAGAACCAAAAGAGGGAGAAGAGAAACCAGAGGGUGAAAAGAAGAAGAAGAGUGUCACUGAGAAAUACUGGGACUGGGAGUUGACCAACGAGACCAAGCCUAUAUGGAUGCGAAGCGCUAAAGAUGUCCCAAAGGAUGAGUAUUAUGAAUUCUACAAGAAGACGUUCAGUGAAUUCAUGGACCCACUUACAUAUAAUCACUUCACGACAGAGGGAGAAGUCGAGUUUCGGAGUGUGCUCUAUAUCCCUGGGAUGGCACCAAUGAAUAAUGAAGAUGUUAUAAGUCCGAAGACAAAGAACAUACGGUUGUAUGUCAAACGAGUAUUUAUUUCAGACGAUUUUGAUGGUGAACUGUUCCCUCGAUAUUUGAGCUUUGUGAAGGGUGUGGUUGAUUCUGAUGAUCUUCCUCUCAAUGUUUCCCGAGAAAUUCUUCAAGAGAGCAGAAUUGUAAGAAUCAUGAGAAAAAGACUAGUAAGAAAGACAUUUGACAUGGUGCAAGAAUUAUCAGAGAGCGAAAAUAAAGAGGACUACAAAAAAUUCUGGGAGAACUUUGGCAAGUUUCUAAAACUCGGUUGUAUCGAGGACACUGGAAACCACAAACGCAUCACACCUCUUUUGCGGUUCUACUCAUCGAAGAGUGAGGAAGACUUGAUUAGCUUAGACGAUUAUGUUGAAAAUAUGGGUGAGAAACAAAAUGCUAUCUACUAUUUGGCAACAGACAGCCUCAAAAGUGCAAAGAGUGCACCGUUCUUAGAGAAGUUAUUACAAAAGGAUAUUGAGGUUCUGUUCUUAGUUGAGCCUAUAGACGAGGUUGCCAUCCAGAACCUGCAGACAUACAAAGAGAAGAAGUUUGUUGAUAUCAGCAAGGAAGACCUGGAACUUGGUGACGAGGAUGAAGUAAAGGAAAGGGAGACCAAACAAGAAUUCAAUCUUCUGUGUGACUGGAUGAAGCAACAACUUGGUGACAAGGUUUCAAAGGUUCAAGUCUCUAAUCGUCUUUCCUCAUCUCCUUGCGUGCUCGUUUCUGGGAAAUUUGGAUGGUCUGCAAACAUGGAAAGGUUGAUGAAGGCACAGACUCUUGGAGACACUUCAAGCUUGGAGUUCAUGAGGGGUCGGAGAAUAUUAGAGAUCAAUCCUGAUCACCCUAUUGUUAAAGACCUCUAUGCUGCCAGCAAGAAUGAACCGGAUAGCACCGAAGCCAAAAGAGCUGUUGACCUCUUGUAUGAAACAGCUCUCGUAUCGAGUGGAUUCACACCCGACAGCCCAACGGACUUAGGAAACAAGAUCUACGAGAUGAUGACAAUGGCCCUUGGAGGGAGAUGGGGCAGAUUAGAUGAAGGAGCAGAAGAAUCUUCAGAGGAUAAUUCAUCGGAAUCUUCUGAAACUGCAGAAGCUUCAAAUGACCAAGUGGUUGAGCCCUCUGAAGUCAUAACAGAGAAUGACCCAUGGCAAAGUUGAUGAUAGCAGUCAUUGUUUGUUUGGUACACUCAACAUUUUUGCCUCAGAAUUUUGACUUAUUAUUUUAUGGAAGAACGGAAGUAAUCGCUGGACAUGGUAGAGCAUGGUGCAAUUCUUGUUGAGCUUUUAGGGGGAAUUGGUUUUUAGUACUUUUCUUUCUCAUAUGAAAUACUCCGUAUCAAAUUAGCUAGGGGUAGAGCAAAUAAUAUUGACAAGUUAUUCUUAUGCAUAAUCCUACUUGUCUGCUUACAGAAGUGUAAUGUGUGUUUUAGCAAAGAAAAUGGAUUUAUGAUGAA